GGACCACAACUAGGUCAUUCCAUCAGGAUCAGAACUACUCUGCUUUGAGAACUGCAUUGCAUGAUGCCACAAUCUGCCGGAAGGUUCCAAAAUUGUGAAGUGUUCGAAUGAGCAUCAGUUCCCGAGUCCCUUCAAAGUUGUUGAGGUUCAUUGUAAUAUGUUUCGUGUCAGAGGAAAAUAGUUGCCCCCCUGCGGUUCGUUGGUACCACAUCAAGCUACUGAAACCUUGCCCUGCGACAAGAUGCACCCCAAAUUUUAAGUUUAGCGGGAUGAACUGCAAUGCACAGUCUUCUCAUAUCGAGGAUCUUUCCCACUACCCACUACUAGUGUCUUGUAUAGUGGUUCGGCAUCAGCAAAAUCGACUCUUAACUUACACUUGACUUACUCUCGUCAACAAAGAUUAUCCUGAUUAUCAAUCUCUCGAGCUUUCUCUCCAUAUAUUGAUCUACAUUCUAGAUAAUGGAGAGAUGCAAGUUUGACAACAUAUGGUGAAGAGAAACUACUAUAUGUAAAACCCAUCCCGGUUCGUUAACGGUGUUCAUCGACGAUAUCCGAAGUCAACAUGAGAGUCUUUGCUUGGUUAUCCCUACUGUGCGCUGUGCUGCCAGUCAACUUCGUGGCCGCAUCAUUGUCAAUAACUGACGUUGUUGAAGCUCUUCCUUCAUGUGCUCUCACUUGUCUCACCACAGCUCUUGCAAAUUCGACUUGCUCCCCUACCGAUCAAGAAUGUAUUUGUACAAAUGUUCCUCUAAAUACAGAAGUUAACAUUUGUGUAAUGGGACAAUGCACCAUUAAAGAAGCACUUAGUACCAAAAAUAUUACGUCCGUCGCCUGUAAUGCACCAGUCAGGGACAAGAGGAAUUUAUAUAAUUGGAUAUCUAACUCAUUCGUCGUUGCUGCCUGGAUAGCAUACCUUCUGAGAAUUGCUUCAAGAUUCACCUCUGAUACUCAGCUCUGGUGGGAUGAUUAUGUUGCGACUUUUGUUAUGAUUGUUGGUUUACCACAAGCUGUUAUCAACGUUCGAGGCCUUACCGGCAACGGACUUGGGAAAGAUAUCUGGACAUUGGAUUUCAAAAACAUCAGUGACAUGAUUCGUUGGUUCUACGCAGCCGAGAUCUUAUAUUUUGCCCAAGUCAACUUGAUAAAAGUCUCGAUCCUUUUCUUCUUCCUUCGUCUCUUCCCCGAACGCAAGAUACGUUGGACCAUCUGGGGUACAAUUAUCGCAAAUCUUCUAAUAUUCAUAAUUAUCGACUUGCUAGCCGCCUUACAAUGUCGUCCAAUCAGCUUUUAUUGGAAAAGAUGGGAUGGUGAACACUCUGGGAAGUGUCUGAAUAUCAAUGCACUGGCAUUUUCGAGUGCGGGUGUCAGUAUUGUAAUGGAUAUUUGGAUGUUGAUACUUCCUUUGACGCAACUUUACGAUCUCAAUUUGCAUUGGAAAAAGAAGAUUGGUGUGGCUGCCAUGUUGAGUAUUGGUAUUAUCGUGACAGUCAUCAGUAUCCUUCGUCUGCAAUCCCUCAUCGUCUUUGCAAAUACUCAAAAUCCCACAUGGGACUACGUCCAACUAGGCUACUGGUGCACAGUUGAGAUCUGCACCGCAAUCAUCUGUUCCAGCAUGCCUGCCAUCCGACUCCUCCUCGUUCGCGUCUUCCCCCGCAUCGCAGGCACCACGCAAGAUUCUUCCAACCACUCCAAAUCAGGCGGCUACGAUCCCAGCCGACGACGCUCCAGCGUUCCCAAACUCGCAUCAAAAAACUCCUACAUACCUGGACGACGGGGCUCACAUACAACGAACCAGGGAAUCACAAUGAUGAAAACCUUCGACGUGACUUCGAGUCACAGGGGCAUGGCAUUCGAUAAAGAAAUCGAAGAGGAAGAUGGCACUGAAUUGGUCAGCAGACAGGCAACCAGGAGUGAAGCGGGAACGGGAGACGUAGAGCGGGGUUUGGAAAAUACACAGAGUUACGAGAGUAGGGGAGAAGGAGAGCAUUUGAGUCCGCCGCACGAGCAGGAUAGCUCGCGGCUGAGUAGCUCGAGGAGUAUAAAUGAGGGUAUGGUAAUGAGUCCUAGGAGCCCCGGUUGGGUUUAAUGUAUACCUAUGCUAUGUACUCUUACGUUUUUUUAAUGACCAAACAAGUAAAAACUUAAAAA